GUCAGCCACAGCAGGGAGGGAGGGAGCAGAGAAUGGCUAGGACAUCCACAUCAGCGCUGAAUCCAGAUUCCCCAGUUGGAAUCGGCGGCUGAAGUCAGGCAGGGCGCCCCAGCCGGCUCCAGGGAAAAGGGGGGGCAAGUCCACGAUGCUGAGAGGGGUGGCCAGAGCGCCGCCCCCAGGAGGGGAGGGAGGGGUGGCGGGGUUGAGGGGUGCCCAGCUGCCAUCCCCGCCGCCUCCUGGCCCCCACUCGCUGGCUCCCAAGUGGGAGGAAGGCAGCUGCCCGCUCCCUCCUCCCCACAGCCCCGCUACCUGCCCAGUCCCCCGAAGCGAAGCGUGAGGAGGCUGUGAGCCAGCGGGGCCGAGCCCACAACUUUGCAGCCUCGGGGAGGGCGAGAGCCGGCGUCCAGGGCUCCUCUUGUCCGCGACCCGAGCUCGGAAUGUAAUCGAGGAUGCUGGCCCUGAGGCUCCUCAACGUGGUGGCCCCCGCCUACUUCCUGUGCAUCUCCCUGGUGACCUUCGCGCUGCAGCUCUUCCUUUUCCUGCCCAGCAUGCGCCAGGACCCCGCCACCGCCAGGCUCUUCCCUCCCGCGCUGCUCCACGGGGCUCUCUUCCUGUUCCUCUCCACCAAUGCCCUGGGCAAUUACGUCCUGGUCAUCCAGAACUCCCCCGACGACCUGGAUGCCUGCCAGGGCCCCUCGGCCAGGAGGGCCCUGUGCCCCCCGCCCAGCACCCACUUCUGCCGAGUGUGCGCCAGAGUCACCCUGAGGCACGACCAUCACUGUUUCUUCACGGGCAACUGCAUCGGCAGCAGAAACAUGCGCAACUUCGUCCUCUUCUGCCUCUACACCUCCCUUGCCUGCCUCUACUCCAUGGUGGCUGGCGUGGCCUACAUCUCCGCGGCCCUUUCCACCUCCUUCGCCCACCCCCUGGCCUUCCUCACUCUCCUUCCCACCUCCAUCAGCCAGUUCUUCUCCGGAGCUGUCCUCGGUUCUGAAAUGUUCGUCAUCCUCAUGCUCUACCUCUGGUUUGCCAUCGGCCUGGCCUGCGCAGGCUUCUGCUGCCAUCAGCUGCUGUUGAUCCUCCGGGGGCAGACCCGUCACCAGGUGCGGAAGGGGGUGGCAGUGAGGGCCCGGCCCUGGCGCAAGAACUUACAGGAGGUCUUCGGGAAGAGGUGGCUGCUGGGCCUGCUGAUCCCCAUGUUCAAUGUUGGAGGUGAGAGCUCCAAGCAGCGGGACAAGUAGCAGGCAUUCCCAUCAUUUCUCUGUGUGUGUCUUGACUCUCCCCGAACAUAAGACCAUGACACUCUUGUCUCUACCCAUGACCCAAUACAACCUUGAGCUGGCAAGAUCCUAGCAUCCACCCCUGGUCUGUGACCUACAGAGACCUGUGUUGCCUAACAGAUCGUGGCAAGAAGGAAAAAUGGUCACUCCUAGGAGCCAGCCAACUGUUAGGAGGCCUCUGCUUUUGUUUCUUCCCGUUGGAGCCCCUGCCCUCCCGCUCUGCCUUGUUCAUCCACUCUCUCAUGUCUCAUGUCAUCACUGCUAUCAGCUAGAACUUUCCCUCUCAGAUCCAUGUUGGGAGUGGAGAAUGGAUUCUUGCUGUUGGUAUGAUUCUCCCCAGGAUCCAGAGGCUGGCAAAAAUGUUUAAAAUUACCAUGUGUAAGAGGUAGCCAAGUUGGCUCUGCCAACUGCUUGUGAGGUUGGGAAAGGAGGGGUAUGUUAUCCUCUCUAUGGAAUUGUAAGCAGUGGAAGGGAAACUCAGUAGCUUACUGUCCUAUCCCCAAACUGCAAGGCCCUUUCUCUGGGAGGCAGCAGCUAAUGACCAGGGAUUUCCAGGUGCUGUCCCCUGUCCAGCCUGCCCCAGCUGGCCACCCCAAUCCAGUCUGGGACCUGCCUGGAUGCUUCCUUUCCCUGGCACUCUUCCAGGUUUUCCCACCUUGAUCUCCAGCCUCUGGGUCUUUGCUAGGUACUGGGGAGGCAAGGAAGAAGGAGGAAGGAAAGGAGAAAUAUUGACAAAUGAGAGAAGCAUGUGACUGCAUAACCAUACAGAAGGGGGCGUGUAUGUAUGUGCAUGUGGUGGGGGAGAGAUGGUGAGGAGGUUUGUUGUGAAAUAGAGAAUGCUUAGGGGAGUGGAGGAGAGAGGUCACACACAGGUUGGGCACUGGGAUAUUUGUGGAAUGAGAAUGAGGGGACCAAGUGGGUUCAUUUCUGAAGGAUGUUCUAGCAGCUAAAGCUGUUCAGUGUUUGAACGGCUGCCUGGGAAAGUAGAGUGCCCCAUGGAGGUGUUCCAGCAGGGACUGGUCAGUCAUCUGGCAGGCAUGCCAUGGAAAAAAUUUCUGCACAGGGUCCGGAGAGGGAAGAUCCUUUCCCACCCCCAAGAUUCUAGCAUCCUCUUUGUGAUUGCUGGUCCAGAGGCAAGAACUAUAGAGAUGCCUGUGAAUUAUUUUCUUUCAUGAAGCAGGGAGCCGGCAUGGAGGGGUCUGAAAAUCAUAAUGCAAACUUCUAGGACCCUACCCAGCUACCAAGGAGGGAGUCUCUGGAGAGACAAGAUGACCUGGGUAUUAAAGCUAGUUGAGGGAGGUUGGCAUUGAGGAAAGGGAGAUGGAGCAGUGUCAGGGGCAGGUGCGGGCAGUGGUGAGGGAGCUGGAAGGUCAUGCUGUGCUCUGAGAGGUGAGAUGGGGAGAGUUGAAGCUCAGGAAUGGGGGAGACCAGAAUAUAGGGGUGUAGUUGUGAAGCCAGUCCUGCUUAUCUAAUUGGCUCUGGAUGGGGGCACAGCUGUGUGUUCUGGGACCCAGAGGGUCAAAUCUCUGGGACAUAUUUGGAAAUUUGGACAGCACAAGUGCCCCUUCUGACUGAAUCCCAAGGCCAGUCUGCCAUUCAUGCAGACAGCAGGGCUGAAGCCCACACCCUACAGUGUCCACAGCGACCUCAAGCGUUGCCACACAGCACCCUGAGUUCUUGAGCAGAGUUCAGGAGGACUUUACCUUGGUCCUGCCUUCACGCCCUCUAUAGGGCUAAUGUAGAAAUGGCACCCCUGGCUCACACUCCCUUCUGUAUUCAUUCAUUCAUUCAUUCAUUCAUUUAUUCAUUCGUACAUAGAUAUAUUUACUGAGUGCCAACAAUGUGCCAAGUCUCUUCCAGGCACUGGUAUACGAUGAUGAAUAAGACACACUUGUGAUGAGCACUGGGUGUUACAUGUAAGUGAUGAAUCACUGUA